GACUGUGAGAGUACGAGGCCAGUGUGGGUCGGGUGAUGGAGGCGGCAGGCUGUGUGGCUCCCCGCCGGCCAGUGACCUGCCAGGGACGUACACACUGCAUGACCAGGACACCUCGCGCUUCGCGUAAUAUCCACUUCAACAUGCCACGUUAUGUUCGUUAUCUUUAAUAACAUUGAAAAUACCAUUUCAACUACUGUAGAACAAAUAAUUCAAACUACAGCACAAUGACUGACUUACGUAAUUCUCGAACUACAAAUAAACAAUACUACCAGAUAAAAAAAAAUAUAUGAUAAAAUUUCGUUCCUUGCCCAAAGUUGAUAAUUAAUCAUUAAUGCAAUGAGUGUGUAAUAAGCUAAUGGAUUACAGAAACUGUAGGAAGUGUACAGUACUAAUUUUCUGUGUUGUGAUGUGUGUGGGGGAAGAAAUCGGAGUUUAAGACCAUCAUGGAGCCGGAAACAGAGAUAGGAAGGGACACAAAAGACAAUCUCCAAAUGCUCUGUGGUCCUCCAGCGUCGUGUGUGGCGUGACGGAGGUAAGCUGAUCCAGAUUGGGUGCAACAAGCAGCAGCAGGAGAGGACCGGUGAAGGGUGAGCCAGCGAGCAGUGGGAGGCGUGACGUGACGCUAUAAUACCCAGGAAGACAGGGAAGCCACCAGGAUGGGCGGGUUGCCGGCAUGAUGAGCGAGGCAGUGGUGCUUGUGACGUGACCCUCGCCAUGAUGGACAGUUUCCCCUACACCCUGCUGCUGACGGCCAUCACUCUCCUCUCAGGAGUGUUGGUGGAGGGGUGUAACAUGGCUACCAAGGAGGUGGGGGUGUGUCUCCACGUCUACCUGGAGAGGGACUUCUUAACCAUGGAACGUAUUGUUUACCCGAGACGCAGUGCUAAGAGACGGGAGAUGCUCUAUAACAGCUACGCAGGUGCUAGGUCUCUGCGUCUGUUACCGAGAUUACCUCAACUCGGGGACCUCACGACGGAGGCCAGUGUGGCACAGACGACAGAUGCACGACAGAGUCCGGAUAUGAAGACGAAUCAGGGUGUGGAACAGAGCCAAGACGUGAAUCCAAAACCUGGUGUAGAGCAUAAGCCAGGAACUCUGCAGAUGAUGAGUGUGGGGGAGGACGUGAAGGGUCGCCACAAUCACCGACUUCUCACUGACGAUGGCAACUGGACGAGGGUGAGUCCCAGUCCCCCCGAUAACUACGCCGUGAUCGACGCCUACGGUCAGCACGGAUGGGUGGAGGGCCCGGAACUGGAGGACUAUUGCAGUCGUCUGGGGACCGUCAUCACGUGCUUCGAAGAGGUCUUGGUCGAAUGUAACAGUGGCUAUGACUUCUUCAGGUACCGUCACUUGCUACACGCCCUGGAGAGAGUCCACACCUACCUCUGCCGCACCGCCGCCGACCGCAGCAGCAAGUUCCUACCUUUCCUGAAGGUGAUAGACUGUGCAGAGAACGCGCGGCUGGACCGAGGGUCUUGUCAUCGACCAAACGUCACAGUCAACGUGUGGAACCAAAUACUGAGGCUGGAACUCGGCCCAGAGCUGUGCGAUUCACUCAACACCCAGCGCUCUUGUCUGCUGGAGAACGAGUACGUGAGACAGGAGUGUGGUGGGAAGGCCAAGGAGGAGCUGUACAAGAACGUGUCUGGAGUGUUCCUGGCUACCUGGUGUCGUCUCCCUUUACCUCCACAUCUCUCCCAACUCUUUGUGUCAUCUAGUCCACCUCCCUCCGCCGCCUCCUUCACCCCCCUCCUCCUAUUGUUGUUCCUACAGGCGGUCCUCACUACCUCCUGAUGACCCCUCACUCCCUCACUCACUCUCCCGUGCUGUGAAAGAUCGAGACAUUACGCCUGAUAGGGGUGUCGUCGUCCUCUCAACGCGGGAAAUAACAAAGUAUUGGUGUACAUUUGCAACAUUUGUAUAGUCCUGUGGAAAAUAUUGGUGCUAUCCAUACCUCGUAACUCCGUGGUGAACUAGUGCCGUUACUCUUGGUGAUGCAAGGAACAGCAUCGGUAACAAUACUUCCUGGUGACUGAACAACAAACUCACACAAAAAAUGCCUCAUCUUAUGGCCUCUUUACUUAACUACGAGAUUUAAGUGAUAGUGACUUUCUUAACCUGUGAACCGCUGGACAUUUGUAUUGUACUACACAACUGAGUAUUAUAGUACUGUAAAUAUGUAUACAAUUUUGUUUGUGUAUUUUGUGUAUGAUUGAAACUUUUUUUGGUCUUUUUCUUGACAUUCCAUGACCAGAAGAUAACUGAGGUGUUCUUCUGUCAGGUGUUGUGUGUGUGUGUGUGUGUGUAACAUGCAGAGGAGACACAACUACCACGUGUUAUAUAGAGGUAUAACUGUGACCAGGUGGCUUACAAUAUGUGUGAACAAGAUGAUAAUAAUUGAUUUUCUACUUAAUUUACAAAUAAACAAAAAUGACAAUAAUCUUAUUUGAUUUAUAUUCUAAAGAUCCAAAUGCCAGAUACUAUAAUGGAUGAUCAUUGUAUUUAAUGGUUGAUAUCAUUUGCGUUAGUUUGGUUUUUAAAAAAUUUAUGUGUAAAUGAUUUGUAUUUCCACUUUCCCCUUACUACCUGGUCGAGCUGGUAUAUCAGAUGAUUGCUGUUAUACCUGGACGUAAACACCUGGUAGGAGAUUGGGUCUUAAUACUUGAAUGUGUUUAUACCUUGUAAAAAUGUCUAUGUGGAAGUAGUGAUUUUUCACCUCAGAAUCGCUUAACAUUUGAAAUUGUUUUUUUUUCUGAUUGGCUGUCCGCCUCAUGGUGCUGUGUUGCCAUUGGUUAUCUUUGAAGGUGCUGUGUUGCCAUUGGUUAUCUCUGAGGGUACGGUGUUGCCAUUGGUUAUCUCUGAGGGUACUGUGUUGCCAUUGGUUAUCUCUGAGGGUACUGUGUUGCCAUUGGUUAUAACAUCUUGUCAUGUUGCUUUGUGAUUGGUUUUCUUUCGUUGUGAUGCUUUGUGAUAGUAUGUUAUUUCCUGCUGUAAUGUGAUUGGUCACCUUUCGUGCUCCAGGAUAUGGGACUGGUUACCUCUCAUAAUGUGAGUCGCCAAAACUUUUAUGAUAAUUGCUUUGUGGUUGUUUAUCGCUUAUCUACCGUAAGUUAUCGCUUGUAUUGUUCCUCUAUGAUUAGUAAUAUGUUGUGUUCCGUGACAGGUUGAUACGAAUAUCUUGUGGUGCUGCAAGUAUUGGACUGGUUAUUACCCUCGUUCUGGGUGUUUAAUUAUCACUACAAACACCAAUUCUUCUUCUUGUAAAUAGUCAUCGUGAGCAAUAAUGGUUUAAUUCUGGUCUUUUCGUUAAUAGGAUGAAACAGGAGAGUAAUGAUUGCUGUAGGUCUUCAUUCGUAGUACUGUUGGAAGUAACUUGUCUACUGUAUAGGUGUCUGUAGUAGGUCGAGGAUUUUGGCGAAUUUGUCUACUUGAAAAACUCUUCUCGUCACACACACACACACACACACACACACUAGCUUCCAACACCCAAUAUUAUGACUCGAGUGUAAAAGUUUUCCCGAGUGUUUCCUUACCAAGAUUGACGAAGGUUCCUAGCCAAUGAUAAAAGUGUCGGUAUUCUUCUCUUCACGACAGCAUGCUACAGUGUGUAUUGAGUGAGAGGUGAAUAGAUUUUGCGUUCCAGUAAGAGUUUGUUUUCCAUGUGUGUGUGUGUGUGUGUGUGUGUCAUUUUCUCCUUGAACUCUUGGAGGCUUCUGUUGUCUAUAUUUUUUGUCUUGCUCUUCCUCUUCCCAGUGACAGUGACUUGAAAAGGUGGAAUUUACAAGUAGAAGAUGAAACGACGUGUGUAAGAUGAGAAUUCCUUUAUGGUGUCGUGUGAGGAACGCGAGAGGAGUGUUUGGAGGUACAGGAUACUCUUGCCGCCUGUCAGCGUUGGUUCUUGGUGGAUUAGUUAAUAUUGUUUACUUCUUUCAGCUGGUUAAUAGACGCUAGAAGGUGUAUGUAUGUGUGUGAGAGAGAGAGUACGUGUAAAUUUCUUCAUUACUUAACUUAAAGAUACUGAACUGUUGUCACUCGUCACUGUCUUGCUUGUACUCUGAAUAUUUUUUUUUUUCAAUAAAGAUAAAUGAAGAUAAAUAAA